AUGCACGGGUACUCGUCGUCGUCAGAUUCGGAUGAUGAAUACCACUACCGCAAACACAAGGGGACAGUACCCGCGGCCGCCAACGCGAACGAUGCCAACAAGAAGAAGAAGAAGCGCAAGCUGCCGCCCCAGCAGAGCAUCAACCGCAUCUGGAAGCGCUUCAGCAACAAGCGGUUCAACAAGGCCCUCUCCGUCCUGCCCUUCGACCCGGUUCUACCUCCCAUCAUCUCCGACCGAUCCAACGAGUUGCUAAACGCCGGUUACGAGCGCGCCGCCGAAGAAUGCCGGCGCAAGGUCCGAAAGAUCAUCCAAGAAUGUCGGAGAGUGAACACACGGUACCGAGACCCGGGCUGGGAUCUGGACUGGGACCUCAAGAUGGAAAAGGGCCAUACUCUCAACAUCCUCGGCCGGACCAAGUUCGAUCUGAGCAUGUCGACGCUCAUGAACCCGAGCGCCGUCGUGCCAAAGGCGGUCAAGCGUGUCCACGAGAUCUACGAGAAGCCGACCUUUCUCGCCAACAUCAGCGGCAACGACGUCAAGCAGGGGAGCCUCGGUGACUGCUGGCUGAUGGCCAGUCUGUCAGGCCUGUCCAACGUCAAGGAUGGCAUCAAGCGCAUUUGUGUUGAGUACGACACCCGGAUCGGCAUCUACGGGUUUGUCUUUUAUCGAGACGGAGAGUGGAUCUACUCAAUUAUUGACGACAAGCUCUUCCUCAAAUCGCCGUGUUGGGACUCACCGAGCAUGCAGCGCGAUUUGUUGCAGCAGAUCGACCGCGAGGACGUUGAGCGUGUGUACCGCAAGACGUACCAGACGGGCUCCAAAGCCCUGUUCUUCGCGCAGUGCAAGGACCAGAACGAGACCUGGGUGCCCCUAAUCGAGAAGGCCUACGCCAAGGCUCACGGCGACUAUGCGUCCCUGGCCGGCGGCUGGAUCGGUGAGGGCCUGGAAGAUCUCUCCGGUGGUGUCACGACGGAGCUUCUCGCCUCGGACAUCCUGGACCUGGACGGGUUUUGGGAUGCCGAGCUCAGCAAGGUCAACCAAGAGUUCUUGUUUGGCUGCAGCACAGGCCUCCUCGACGGUGGCUACGGCGACCGCGACGGCAUCGAGGAAGGCCAUGCCUACGUCGUCAUGGAGGCGCGGACCCUCAAAAGCGGCACCCGCCUCGUCAAACUCAGGAACCCGUGGGGCAAGACCAAGAAGGGCAUCUGGGAGGGUGCCUGGUCGGACGGGUCCAAGGAGUGGACGACCGAGGCGCAAGAGGAGCUCGGCCACCAGUUCGGCAGCGACAGCGUCUUCUGGAUCUCGUAUGAGGAUUUGUUGCGGAAGUACCAGCACUUCGACCGCACCCGCCUGUUCCGCGACCCCGACUGGCGCUGCUGUCAGCGGUGGAUCGGUGUUGACGUCUCGUGGAAGCCGCAAUACCACGAGAAGUUCCACAUCAAGCUGACACGCGAAGGGCCACUGGUCAUCGUGCUGAGCCAGCUCGACAACAGGUACUUCAAGGGCCUCCAUGGCCAGUACUCGUUCCGCCUGCAGUUCCGCAUCCACGAGCUGGACCGCCCCGAUCCCGAAGACUAUGUCGUUCGCAGCCACGGCAACUACCUCAUGGACCGAUCCGUGUCCAUCGAGCUGCCGUCGAUGCUCCCCGGCACCUACAGCGUCUUCAUCAGCGUGGCCGGCGAGCGCAACACCGACGUGCCCAGCAUUGAGGAUGUCGUCAAGCGCGAGUGCAAGAAGCGGAUCGAGAACGAGAAGCUCGCCCAAGUCGGGUACGCCUACGACCUCGCCCACAGCAAGGGUGCGGCCCAUCUCGAGGCGGUCAAGAAGGCGCGCAAGAAGGCCGACCAGAAGAAGGCCAGCAACGCACGCCAGACGGAACGUCACCGCCUCUGGGAGAAGCGGCACCUCAACCGUCAGAUCACCAAGAAGCAGGGCCGCAAGAACAACCAGAAACUCGAGGCGAAGCAGGCAGCUCGCGAGGAGAAGAGGCGGAAGGCCGAGGGGCUCAAGCCCAAGGACCAGGGUGUGCAAACCGACGAGAUUAAGGAGAAGCCUGCCGAGACCAAGCCGGAAGACAAGAAGGCCGAAGAGAAGGAUACCGACAAGACCAAGGAGGAACCCAAGGUAGAAGCCAAGGCCGAGGACAAGUCGGAGGAUAAGACAACAGAAGAACAACCCAAAGUUGACUCCGAGCCCAAGAAGGAAGAAUCUCAGGCAGACGAGGAGUCGCCCGACGUUACGCCUAUUGCCACGCCUCUCGAGACGCCUACCCCAGAGAAUGGUUCACAGCUGUCAGAGGCUCCGAAGGAGGCCGAGACUCCACAGGACGUCACCGCCGAGGAGGGCAAGUCCGACGACAAGGCCGAAGAACAGUCUAAAUCUGAAAGACAAACCCGAGACAAAGCGAGAAUAAGCUAA